GGGUCACGUCUAAAUAAAGAAAGAAGAAUGAAUCGGUUGCUUUAGAUCGGUGGUUCCGUAUUUCGGGACAAGAAAAUAAACAAAGCAAAAUGUCACCCCAAAGGCAAACGUGUGUUUUAGGCCACGGAUAUAAAAACAUUACCAUAAAGAAAAAAAAAUGAAACUUAUCGCCAGGGUUUCACAAACAGAAGCCAUCAUUUCAAGCUGGAGACGAAAAGAACGUUCCGGACCGACUUCGCAAGUUGGCAUUUCCGAUGUGAGAUUAAACUCGAGGAACUCUGGGUGCACAUGUGGCAGCGAGCUCGUUUGGCUUCUUCCGCCGAUGUCGAAGUCAAGCGUACGAUUCCGUCCGGUUGUCGUUUCAAAUUCCACCUUGCCAAACAUGAGCGGUCCCCGCCCACAAAAAUCGAGCAUUUUCAUCGUUAAGCUUUUAUUGUUUUCGUGGGCAGCGCUUUGCGUCGUGACGUCUCUUCCCCCCCCCCCCCCUCUCUCCCAUCCACGGCUCGGUAGCUUUGCGGCCGGCGUGUUUCAACACGAGCGGUUGGGCGAAGUCGCGUCACUUCCACUUCCGGGCGCGACGGCGCCACACCUUGCCGUCUGUCUUUCUGAAAAGCGAUUAAUGAGUUUGCUUCAAUCUACGGUACAACAAAAUAAAAUGCGAGCACUUUCCGGUCGUAUUUAUCCUUCACGCGCAGACGUCGUCUUUUGUUUGGAGCCGCAGGACGCGAGCCGGGUUUUGCUUGCGUUUUACCUCACAGCGACGCGGAAAGAAGAAAGAGGUGGUCUGGUCAGGAGGUUGAGGGGGGAUCCCUGCAGGGGUGACGUAUUUAAAAUCUAUUACCCUCGCAGCUAGGAUUAGCGCGGUGCGCGCGGGUGCGUUUCCCCCGAAGACGCAAUCACUAUGGUAAUACAAAAGCAGUGGAUUACAGAGGCGCCGCAUUGCCUUGGGUGCGGCGCAAACGCCUUGUUGGGAAGCCGGAGCGACGGACGGGGUCCCAAAACAGUCGUACGCCGGUUGCCGUGGCUACCCGGAGACCAGACUCUUGCUUCAAGUGUAGACUCGAAGCUUUGACUUUUAUGGACUGCUUCCUGCGCCAGCAGAUCCGUGAAACGCGUUUUUGUCUCUUCGGCGGCCGACGGCCGCGUUUGCAUUUUUGUGGCGUCGGACAAGGCAAACGUUCUGGUUGGCUGAGCUCAACUGGACCCAAACUCCAGGUGACUGCUUAGCAGAGCCAAAUUUCAUUGACAAUAAAAGUCGCUUUUGAAAAUAAGCUACGGGCCGGAAUCCUUGGCGGAGACGAGAAAGGAUCGCAGUCGUGCGCUGGUUUGGCCUCUCCUCAUUUUUCCAGUUUGGUCUUUGUCAUACGUUCGUUCCUUCCUCUGGGGAACAGUAGCAGUAUGGCUCAGACCUUUACUGGGUCAAAAGGGACUUGAAAUCCCUUCGCUUGGUCUGCCAUUGCGGGCCUCGCGAGUUUUCCACUGCCAAGAAAGGCCCGAAGAGUCGCGAUGGCGCACCGGUCGCGCGCCACUCGGGAUGUCCGGGAAGCCGAGCGGACUCGAACCGCUUUGUGUUUUGCAGGGCACGGCGGGGUGAACCAGCUCGGGGGCGUUUUUGUGAACGGCCGGCCUCUCCCGGACGUGGUGCGCCAGCGCAUAGUGGAGCUCGCCCACCAGGGCGUGCGACCCUGCGACAUCUCCCGCCAGCUACGCGUCAGCCACGGAUGCGUCAGCAAGAUCCUCGGCAGGUACAGAGGACCCGCACGCACGCACGCACGCACACACGUGACCUUUGGACUCGGCGUGGUAGCGGAACGGACUUCAUUCGGGUUUUGAUCGUCAAGGUCCUCUUUUGAAGAAGGUCACACGGCAGACUUGAAAAAGAACUCAAAUCUGAACCGGCUGAGUUUGCACAUCUGCAUUUGCAGCGGCACGGUCAUCAUUUCUUGUCGCUUUCCUUUGAUUCCGACUCAUUUCUCCCUUUCACCUGCUGGCCGACUACUUUUUCCCCUUCACCUUCACAAAGGCGAAAGGCACAAAGUCGACCCGGGCCGGUUCCGUCUGGCGGAGAAGAAAAGCUCACAAAGGGGGAAAAGAUUCAUCACUUUUUGGAAUUAGCAUCAAAAUGAAAGUGGCACCAUAUUUCGGCCGCACAAAAUGUAGCCGACGGAGAACGGAGAAAGACGAGGAGAAGGCGGGUGGGGGGGGGGGGGGCGUGUUGAAGAAGAAGUCAGGACAAGGAAAAAAAGGAAUCCGAAACAGGCCCUCAGUUCGAUCCCAAAAACGUGCUGCUCAUUGUUCUCCCUUGCUUCUUUUCUCUCUCUCCCCCCCGUCCCGGCCGUUCAACGCGCUCAAGCGUUACGGCGAGAAGGGAGGAGGGGAGCGAGGGAUGCGAGGAAGGAGGGAGGCCCGUUUUAUCCUCUCUCUCUCUCUCCGCCGGCGGAACAAAAACAGCAACUCAUCGGUGCCGAUAUCAAUAAACGCGCCCAAUGAUUGGCCCGUGAAUAAUUGAAAUACUUUUCCGGGAGAAAAUAGAUUGUUCUUUUCCCUCUUUGAAGUGUUUAAAGGCCGGCUGGGAAAGUGGAAAUGGGAAGCGCACGUUUACGGAAACAAACACGACCGGAGGGAUUACUCCGGCGUGGAGUCGCGGCACGUUUAAGACUGAGUGACAGCUUGCAUCCACACACUUUCUACCUCUGCCCCCCCCCCCCCCCCCCACCACCACUUUUCUGCAAGCAGGGUAGUGCAUUCGUUGCCCCACCCCCCUCCCCUUGUGCAUGCAAAUACAUUCAUGAAAUCGCCGCGCCGGAAUUUCCAGGAUCGUUGGGCGAGCGCACGUCUGUCAGUGUCACAUUUUCAGCCUCAUCUGGUCAAACGCUGGCGAGUGACGUCAGACGAUUUCACGUCAACAAAAAAAGAAAAGGCCGUUGCGAAAUCUUCGCGCAGAUAAGAACGGCGACUGCAGAUCGGGACCGGAACAAGUGUGUUUUGCGCUCUCAACUUUUCUCACAAACAGCGUUAUCGUAGCCAGGAAAGCAGACGCUGGUCUGCGUGCUGUCCGAACACGAAAAGAACUGAAAAGGGUCUUUUGUUCACAAGAGAAGGAAAGGAACUGCUCAUCCAGCCACCUCCUACGGUUUUAAUCCGAGUCAGGGACGCCCAGACUUCCCUUUCCUCACCCACAUCUUCCGGGGGGGGGGGGGGGUGUCCCGAGGCAUUCCCAGGCCGGCGUCUUCCUGGUCGUGCCCCGGGUCUCCUCCUGGUGGCAGGUGCCCGGAACAUCUCACCAGGGAGGCGUCCGGAUCAGACCCCACGUGGCUCCGCUCAACGCAGAGGAGCAGCGGCUCAACCCUCCUCUACUCUGCUCCUUCCCCGCCAGAGAGGCGACGUUCUACAUCCCAGCUUUUGUAGCCGAGGAACGAAUCGUCGAGGUCUCUGGCUUCAGCCGCUGCCCCCCCCCCCACACACACAACCUUUCGGCCUUCGACCGGCAUCCGGGCAAGGGAACCCGAGAAGGCCUGUUUUGCACCGGUCAGAGGGGUUUAUGGAGCCAUGUUCUGUCCGGUCCCCCCACCCGAGACCUUUCUGCCAUGGGCGUGAAUAGGCCUUAGGGCGACUCGGACGCACAAACCCCUCCAGCGCCACACGGCGGCGGCUCUGCUCAUUUCUUCUUUCUUUCUUUCUUUCUUUGCUGUGAAUAUCUUUUGCUAACAAACCCACCGUCAAUUUAGCAGCUCAGAGUCGGCGAGCCGUUUUCUGCUUCGCUGCCGGCGCUUCCGUGAGCCCAUUUGAGUAAAAGAGGAUUAUUUGCGGCAAAGUCCAAAGCGGAAGAACACGGCGCUCAUUGGAAAGUGAGCCGCAAUUAUUUCGCGCGACUUGCGUCUGAUCUCGUCUCGGAAAGUUUUUAGCACUUUUGUUUUGCAUCAAAGUUUGACAAAUUAAGGUUAACGUUACAAAUGAUCCUUUUUGUAAUAUUGCUGUGGCACACAAUCAUACUGAAAAUAGUUUUUUUGUAUUUGGGCCACCCUGCUUCCACAUCAACCAUUUGCCGAAUCUACAACCGCGUUUUUGAGAUGCAGAUUUUGAUUGAACAAUCAUAAUCGCGAGAAUUUUUACUCAUAUAGAUAUUGCUAAUCUGUUACUUGUGUGACGCAUCGCUGCUAAAUGAAUACGACGGUUAUUACAAUCACUGAUCAGAGAAAUAUUUUAUCAAGUUUGGCAAGUGAUUUUUUUUUUUUUUUUUUUAAAUCAGGUUCCAAGGACAGUCAGCGACAAAAUUGGCAAUACAUGAAGUUAUUUUUGUUGUAAAAUGGUUUUAUGUAAUUUCCCAGCUCUGGCCAAUCAUAUAAAGGGGCAAGACUUGUUUUCCUCUUCUUGAAUUGUGAUCAUACAAGAAAUGAUGAAGGAGGAGGGAAAUGUCAGUGAGAAAAUUGAAAGUGGAAGUCUUUGGGGGUUGGGGACUGUCAAGGAAAUGGUCACAACCGCCUGGAGGGACAAUUUUCCAAAUCACCAGUUGGAGCGGUUCAACCUCAAGUGCCAGUAAAAAGAACCGAAUCAGUCGAAAGUCUGCUCCAGUGAGUCCGAGAAUGAACUUUUCGGCGCUUCGGAUGAUUUUUAUGGAACAGCUGUACAGUUUUCAAGCUCUCGCUGCCCUGCCAACACUUUUUUUUUUUAUUUUUUCUCUUUUUGGAAAAUGUUUUAUGCUCACAAAGUGUCCCAGAAAAAAGUGACAGGCCUGGCCAGGCACAAGAUAAUUUUCAGAUCCAAAGUACAAUUUUCCCUUUCAAAGCAAUCCCCUUGGAGUCUCACAUCGCCCUGGAUUCUUCCGGGAUCUUCUACAACUCCGUCGUCAUGGUGACGCUUACAACAUCAAAAUCGAGAUCGAGGUCACUCUAGCAGCACGAUGCUCUUCCUGGCCGGGAACUGUCCGAUGCGCAGGGGCAUUGUGAGCAGGUGGCUCGCUAUGGUGAUGCCCCACAGUUUAAAUUUGAUUUAAAAAGAAAAAAAAAAAAUAUGCACAACUACUUAACUCAUUGCUUAUCAAUUACGGGACAGAUUUCCAAUCUUGCGUGGGUCCCCCAGGUACUACGAAACGGGCAGUAUCCGCCCCGGGGUCAUCGGGGGAUCCAAACCAAAGGUCGCUACGCCCAAAGUGGUGGACAAGAUUGCCGACUACAAGCGGCAAAACCCCACCAUGUUCGCCUGGGAGAUCCGGGACAGGCUCCUGGCCGAAAGGGUCUGCGACAACGACAGCGUGCCCAGCGUCAGCUCCAUCAACAGGAUCAUCCGGACCAAGGUUCAGCAGCCGCCGGGCCAAGCGGGCUCAGUCGCGGCUCACAAUUUAGCGACGUCAGUGGCCGCCACGCAGGUCCCCGCGGUGGGCAGCGACUCCGCCGGCUCUUCGUACUCCAUCAGCGGCAUCCUGGGAAUCAGCUCGGCUGCUGAUGUCGGCAAGAGGAAGAGGGAUGAAGGUCUGCAGGAGUCGCCGCUGGCCAAUGGGCACAGCCACAGCGGGCGGGACUUCCUCAGGAAGCAGAUGAGAGGGGAGCUGUUCUCGCCGCAGCAGAUCGAGGUAUUGGACCGCCUGUUUGACAGACAGCCGUCCUGUCCGAUCCAAUCCAGCUCUGAGCCUGUUUCUCCCCAGACAUCGGACUACUCGUCCAUGGCGUCGCUCGCCGGCGGACUGGACGACAUGAAGAACGGUUUGGCCAAUCCCGGCACCGGGGCCGAAUUGGGAGCCGCUGUGGCCGGCCCGCAGUCCUAUUCGCUCGUUCCAGGGUCGCCGUACUACUACAGCGCCACGUCACGCGGGGCGGGGCCCGCCGCCGCCGCCGCCACCGCCUCGGCGUACGACCGCCACUGACCGUCCAGGGGAGGAGGCCGCGGGGGAAGGAGGGAAGGAAAGGAAAGCACCAGCACUGCUCACUUGGAGGGGGGCCGCCACCCGCCCACGGACCACGUGGGGCCGAUUUCGGACUGCCCCCCC